UGUAGGACGAACAGCGGCGCGGCAGCUUGUAUUCACGCUCCUUGCGCAUUGGGCUCGCUCGCCCAGCCUCGCUCUCCAGGUGAGCGCGGUGCAUUGCACCCUGUGGCCUCGGGCCUCGGCGCGUGGCUGCAGUCCAGACUCCGUCGCGCAGGAAGCGGGCCCUCGCCGCGUCGGCGCGGCAUCGACCCGGGCCGAGGCGUGGAUGGACUUUGCGCCGCGGCCGGAGAAUGACGCCCGCGUCGGCUCGGCUCGGCCUGCUGGGCUGUUUGAGCUUAACUGUCGCUGUGACUUUGGGCCUGGGGUCAAACCAGCAUGUGGGCUUUACUUUUCUACUGCCGGCCGGAGGCACGGAGUGCUUUUACCAGGCCGCUGCCAGGGACGACAGCAUGGAAGUGGAAUACCAGGUGAUCGCUGGUUCAGGUCUUGAUGUCAGCUUUGCCCUCAUGUCUCCCAGUGGAUACAGGGUCUCCUCUGACUCCAGGAGGUCUGACGGCAUCCACAUGGUUGAUCCCACAGAGGACGGCGACUACCGCCUGUGUUUUGACAACAGCUUCAGUAAACUGUCAGAGAAGAUGGUGUUCUUCGAAGUGCUCAUCAACAGCCAGAGCAGCGCCAGCAGAGGCCGAGACGAGUGGGCUGACGCGGCCACGCCGGAGAGCCUGGUGGGGUACCAGCUGGAGGACAUCUGGGCGAGGAUGGAGUCCGUGCACCAGCACCUCGAGAGGAGCCGCCAGACGCAGGCCGUGCUGCGGGCCUUCGAGGCCAGGGACCGCUACCUGCUGGAGGACAACCUGUGGCGAGUGUCCUUCUGGUCCUGCCUCAACCUGCUGGUCAUGCUCGCCGUCGCCGCCGCGCAGAUAUACACGCUGAGGCGCCUCUUCAGCGGCACCAAGCGCGUCUGCACGUAGUGGGAAUGAACUCCAGCAUUCACAGACCACACACACACUCACACACUGUUCUCACCGGAAUGCUAGUUUAUUAAAUUACAGACACCACAUUCUUCAUCAAGUUCGACUAGAAGCUACUUACUUUAUUUUACUUUAUUAAACCAGCUGCCGAAACAAGCAAAACAAGGCCUGACCUCCUGAAAGUGCACUGUAAAAAACAUUUCCAUUCCAUCGAGCCUGUUGCUGUUCAACUCAUUUACUGUGAUAAAAAUAUACCCAUUACCCAACCACUUUGUUCAUUUGCUGGUUUAACAGGCAGAACUUUUUUUCUCUAAUAUAUUUCAUUGCAUUGUUGUUGUUGAACCACACGGGCCAGCUCACUUUCCUGUUAAAUAAUCAGCGUGUGAUGAGGUUUCACGAGUUGAAAGUGACACUGAUAUGACAAUGAUUAUUUCUCAUUCUGACUGAAUGGAUUGACUUUGCAUUUAGUAGUUUAUCCCUAAAAAUGAUGUUAUACUGUCUCACAAACUACAGAAAAUAGUAAACAGAAGGAAUAACAGACACCAGCACUCAAGCAAUUGUUAUAUUACAAACUUAGAGAAAGUAAUAUUCUAAUUAUAUAUUAUUUACAGUGAUCGAGCUGGUUUAUUACUGAGCUAAAGGUACAUUGUUCUUCUGUGGUCCUGAGGUCAAAGUCGUCUGCCGUCCACUGGGGACUGGUCACCACUGGUCUCGACGGGGAGCCGGACGCCUGUUCAGGAACAAUCAGCCAAUAUUAAUGUCUUAUUCACACGUGCACUACAGCAGGACAUACUACAGCAUGGGCACCUGUGAGACGGCUCAGCUCCAACUAGAAGAUUAUGAGAUAUGAGACAUAAAAUCAAAAUGUAUUUAAGACAAUUAAAUGUUUAUAAGAUGUAAUAAAACUGCAUGAAUGCACAAUAGUUAAUAUUAGGAUAUAUUUUCACUUUGUACACUAAAUAACAAUAUAUCUAUAAUUAAUUUAAUUUGCAUGUUCUAAUAAAUUCCAUCACCUUUUCAUUUUUUUACUGAUCUCUCACAUUUAGUAAGAAAUGCAGAUAAGUAACAGUGACCAUUCUCUGAACACUGUUAAACCCCUAAAGUAGGUCACAUUACUAAGGUUUCCAUGAGAAUGUCUGCAGAAUAAUGUUGCUAUAGACUAUAUAGACUAUGUUGCUAUAGACUAUAGAGCUAUGUGUUAGAUGUAGAGACAUAGGCAGGGACAGAAAAACCCAGGAGGGGUCCCACAUUACCUGAGACAGACAGAAGACAGCGGGUCACACAGGACACAAGAAAACACCAACCACCAGAGAGAGUCCCUUUAUUGUACACAACACCUCUUUAUUUAUUCUGCGUUCUAAAUCAGCUCAUUUUGUUUAUUCAAAAAUCAAUGAAUUGCUACAGAGGCACUUGACAAGGGGUUUGUAAAACAAAAAGAUAUUUGAGGGUUGCCUUCCCACCAAAAUCCAGACAGAAGAGGGGAAAGAGGAAAGAGGGAGGGUACAACAAUUAGAGAGAGGCAGUGUUGUCUAAGCUAAUGUAUUACAGGGCAUUUACAGUCUGCGCCUCUUUCGUGAAGAGGCUCAAAAAUGUCAGUUCCAUCAAGCAAACGUGUGUAACAGUGACACAAAGAUUUAAAGUGAAUGGUUGUGAAUCCACAUACUCUGUCUUUUUAAGAACCUUCUCGCCUUUGUGGCGCCGUCACUGAGAGCCCGGCCCGUAGACAGGGGCAGGGGAGGAAAAAGCAUGUUCUGUCUCAAGACUGUGUGGUUUAUAAAGAAUUCAAAACUCGAUCUCUUUGUCUUGUCAGCCCGGCCAAUUACUUUCCUAUCCUGUGUGGUGAGCGCAGAGCGACGGCUGCGCAGCUUCUGAAGACAGGAUGUGCUUUCUCACACGCGCCCACCACCAGCUCAACACCUCUACUGAUCAAACCAAAAAAAAAAAAAAAAAAAAAAAAAAACGCACAAAA